GGAAGAGCAAGGGCACGAAGACAGUCAGUCUCGGAUGAAAUUCGAGCCACUUUAGUUGACCAUGUCCUUGUCCAUGGGAUGACUAUGAGGGAGGCUGGGCAACGAGUACAACCAAAUUUGAGUCGCUUCACUGUUGCCUCCAUCAUCAGAACCUUCAGGGAGGAAAACAGGACACAGAGACGACCACCUGGUGGAGGCAGGUUAAGGCUUUUGUCGGAGGAGCAAGAGAGGGAACUUGUAAACAUGGUAAUUGCAAAUAAUGUAAUCCGCCUGCAAGAGAUUCAAAGGAGAGUGAUUGAGGAUGAUCAUCUUUUUCGAGGCAUAAAUGCCAUCAGCCUCUCCACAAUUGACCGCAUCCUCCGAAAGAAUCAAUUCCGGAUGAAACAGGCAUACCGAGUCCCUUUCGAACGAAACUCUGACAGAGUGAAAAACCAACGUGUGGAAUAUGUUCAGAGAAUCUUUGAGAUUGAAGGACGGCCUGUUCCCCAUGAAAUGAUCUUUGUGGAUGAGGCAGGUUUUAACCUGACCAAAAGAAGGAAAAGGGGGAGGAACAUAAUUGGCCAUCGGGCUAUUGUAAAUGUCCCUGGUCAGCGUGGGGGGAAUGUCACUAUGUGCGCAGCCAUCAGCCAACGAGGGGUACUCCACCGCCAUGCCGUACUAGGACCCUAUAACACUAUGCUUCUCCUUGCUUUUCUUGAUGGUUUAAGACAACAUAUGUUCCAGAUGGACUACAGGGAACCAGCACAGCCAGAGCAGCCUCACUACGUUGUUGUGUGGGAUAACGUCAGCUUCCAUCGCGCUGCUCUGGUUCGUGACUGGUUUACCAAUAACCCAAGGUUUUCUAAUAUCUUUCUGCCUGCAUACUCCCCCUUUCUAAACCCGAUAGAGGAGUUAUUUUCGGCAUGGCGGUGGAAAGUGUAUGACCGAGAACCUUAUGUCCGUGUUCACCUCCUUCAGGCCAUGGAAGAGGCCUGCCUAGACAUAUCAGUAGAUGCAUGCCAGGGGUGGAUCAGGCAUGCAAGAGGAUUUUACCCCCGCUGCCUGGCUGGGGCCAAUAUAGCCUGUGAUGUGGAUGAGAUUCUCUGGCCUGACCCAGACCAAAGACAAGAUGCUGUGGUGGGAUAAUGUUUCUGGUGUGUGUUGUACUGUAUAGUACAUGAAUGACAAUGUGCCACUGUACAUACAUUGGUUGCGUCUUUUGUGUUUAUCAUGUGACAAGGGUUUUGAAGGGGAGAACCAUAAGCAACCUAAUUGUUUUGGAACUAUUGUUUUGAAUUAAUUGUACCAGUGUGCAAAACUCUGUUGUAGUGUGUGUGUUUUUGAGGGCUUGUGUUUGAUGUCUGAGGGCAAAGUUCGGUUUUUCAGCAGGAGUGAAUAGUUUUGGGUGUAGAGCUUCAUUUUGACCUGGAAAUAGGAUGUUUGGGGAAUUGAGUGAGAUGUUAUGGAUUUGUGUUUACUGUUGUGCGGAUAUGAGGCGUAGUUUCAAGAAAUGUGUUUUAGCAAUCGAG